UUUUUUAUGAAUUGAUAAAAAAAUAGAUUGAGUUGGAAUUUAAGUGAAGAUAAAGAAAAUUAAGAUUGUAAUUACAUUUUUAAUAUUUGAUGGAGAAGAAAAAAAGAAUUGUAGAAAAGCAAAAAAAAGUAAAAAGAAUAAGAAACACUUAUGUGCGUACUACAGGGGAGCAAAUAAGGAGUAGCGGGGUCAAGCAUUUCGCAUGAUCUGUCGGUCCCACGAUAUUACCUGCCUAAAUUAUUGAUAAUAAAAAUCAAAGCGCGCAUGGCAAAAACUAAACGGUGAUGCAGCGUGGGACACGUAACAAUAAACAUGGCGAUUUUGUGGGUGGAGGAGCGAAACCUUGUUGGGGCAGUUGUUCUUCUCUGGAGGCGGAAUUAUUGAGUAUCCAAGAAGCUUUGAGCAGGAUAAAGGAUCGGGGGUGAGAUUUUGUGAAAGCGGGCAUCUCUCUGCAACUCAAACUGAAGCUCUGGUUAAGACAUCCGAUUGCCGGAAUCUCUCUGCAACUUAUAUUGAAGCUCAGGUUAAACCGCCUUCCUCUUCUCUCUGCAACUAAAAUGGAGGUAGAUGAAUUGGAUUACAUCUAUAGUGGAGUUCCAACCGGCUAUUUUAGUGAUAUAGAAGAUGAUAAUGAAAGUGAAUUGCAAGAAGUCAGCAGUGAUGAAGAAUCUGGGGAAAAAGAAAGCUCUAUGGAGGGUAAUGAAAUACUUCAUGAUAGACAUAGUUGUGCGGAAGAAAGUGGAGAAAUGCAUUUUAUGUUAGGAAUGACAUUUGCUAAUGCAAAAGAAGCUAGAAGUGCUAUAGUUAACUAUUCUGUCGCGGCAGGGGUUAAACUCAAAAUAGACCCGAAUGAACCUCAAAGAAUUAGGGCGAGAUGUGUGAAUGAAGUAAGUUGUCCAUUCAACUUAUACAUAUCUAAAGAUGGAAAAAAACCUGGUUUAGCUGUGAAGACAUUGAUCAAUGAACAUAAGUGUUUUAGACAUUAUUCCCUAAGUACUGCUUCAGCAAGUUGGUUGGCCAAGUAUUUUAAGGACAGAAUUUACAAAAACCCAAAGUACACCGCUCAAAUGAUGAAACAUGAUGCAGAAAAGGAAUUGAAGAUCAACGUAGCUAUUGACAAAUGUAAAAGGGCUAAAAGACAGGUUAUUCAAGAGUUGGAUGGAUCAUUUAAAGUGGAAUUUAGCUAUCUCGCAGCCUAUGCUGCUUCACUUAAAAGAACUAAUCCAGGCACAAAGACUGAGAUUGAUUUAGACAAAGAAGCUUUGAAAGAAGGAAGAAAAGUGUUCAGAAGGAUUUUUAUAUGCUUCGAAUCAUGCAAAAGAAAUUGGAGGAAUGGGUGUAGACCUCUAAUAGGACUUGAUGGGUGCUUCUUAAAAGGAGUUACUACAGGUCAAUUAUUAGCAGCUGUUGGUGUGGAUGACAAUGAUCAGAUGGUUCCAAUAGCCUGGGCAGUGGUAGAUAAAGAGAAUAAAAAUAACUGGAGGUGGUUUUUAUGUUGGCUAGCACAGGAGCUUGAUUUGGAUGAUGGUUCCAGGUUAACAUUGAUCUCGGAUAUGCAUAAGGGUUUACUUGGAUCUAUACAGUUGGUGGUUCCCCAAGCUGAACAUAGGUGGUGUGCUAGACACGUUUGGGCAAAUUGGUCAAAGAAAUGGAAUGGCGGUGAGUUAAAGAAAAAGUUCUGGAUAUGUGCAUGGAGCACAUUUGAAGAAGAAUUCAAGGAAAAUUUAGAAAAAUUAGGAAAAGUGAGUAAGAAAGCUGCAGAAUCCCUAGUAUGGUAUCCUCCUUCAAGGUGGUGCCGAGCCUAUUUUAGUAGGCGAUGUCAUUCACAGAUGGUAGACAAUAACAUAACAGAAUCUUUCAAUUCAUGGAUAUUAGAAGCCCGACACAAGCCUAUCAUAAGCAUGCUUGAAGAAAUUAGAAUCAAAGCUAUGAUAAGGAUAAGUGAGAAUAAGAAGUUGUCAGAUCAGUGGUUCAAUAAUUGGUCACCCAAAUCCAUGGAGUUUUUUGCAGGAUAAUAAAGAGCUUGAUGUGGGUUGCAGAAUUGUAUUUAAUGGUGAUUCAGGUUACGAGAUAGGGGAAGGUGAUACUAAGCACACAGUUUUUUUAAACAAACAACAAUGCACAUGUAGAGGGUGGGAUCUUCCAGGAAUUCCAUGCCCACAUGCAUUGUGUGCUUUAUAUCAUAGCAAGAUUGAUCCACUGUCAAUGAUGGCAGAUUGGUAUAGCAAGAAAAGGUACUUGGCUGCUUACCAUUUUCAUAUGCAACCUGUUCCCAGAAAGAUGUUCAUGCAGUGUGACCAAUAUGAAGCUAUUGAGCCUCCAAAUAUUGUUAAGAUGGCUGGUAGACCACGACACAAAAGAAUUAGAGCUUCAAAUGAGCGUAAUCCAAAUCCAACAAAAUUGAGCAGGAAAAAGAUUGUACAAACAUGCAGCUUAUGCACUCUUACAGGUCACAAUAGGACCACUUGCCCAAAUGGGAGCAACCAAGUACCACCGCAAGGGAAAACACCAAGAACUAGACCCACAAGUUCAACCAAACCUGCAUCUGCUACGCUCAGAUCUGUAACUUCAGUCCUAAAAAGUCAUCAUGCGACCACUUCUGCACAUGCAAAUGCAUCUCUGGACAUACCUAGUUCUUACACACCAGUAGACUCAAUGGGAUAUGGUUGCUUUGUGGAUGAAAUUACUGGCAGAACAGUGCUAAAUCCUGGUAUGGAGUCUGAGACAAUUAUUGCAGAAGGUGUGUCACUAAUGGAGAUCAAUCCUGAUGCUCAGACCAAAAUGGCGAUACCGUGUGAAAGAACAUUGCGCAAAAAACUCCCUUUUAAAAGAGCAAGUGAGAUCACAAGGAAUAUUCGAUUUUGUGGAGAUGGAUAUGAGGUUAGGGAACCAUCAACCCUCCCUUUUCAGUCUUCCGGUUUGAAUUGGGAAGGAAAUCCCGCGAUUACAACAAGACAACUUCAAUCACACCGAGACAAGGUUGUAAACCAGCAUGAUGGAUGGGGAGACAUAUUCCAUGGAUAACAUAUGUUGAAGGCUGAGUUAUUUUUUGCACUAACUGAGCAUAUUGUUGCUAGAGUUUCUUUAUGAGUUAUCACUUACUGAUAUGAUUUAGAAACACAUCGGUUGUUAUCUUUUUGAGGCCAACGAAUAUUCUUUGGAUGAAUAUAUGUGCUGAUUUUAGGACUAAUAUGUUCUAGAUUUUACUUUUACAGAACAUAAGCUGAAAUAUAUGCC